GGCGGCCGCUUCGGCGGGGAUCGGGCUGCUCUCCUCCCGCAGAGGGGGCGGCAGGUGCAGCACAAUGCAAGAAGUCAACAAGUCUGAAACUUUGAAACAAGAAUGGGCUUGCAAACCUAGAACUGAUGACCAAAUUCAUGAUGGUGCAGACCAGAAAGGCUGUGACCUUUUUAUUGAUGAACUUUUUGAAGAAGCACAGAAAUUUGGAGCUGUAUGCACGCAACAGUCUCAAGUUAAAAACAGAGUUGAUACAACAAUUAAAUUAUGGAAAAAUGGGUUCACGGUGAAUGAUGGCGAGCUCCGAAGCUACACAGAUGUUGCAAACAAGCGUUUCUUGGACUCGAUUAAAAAAGGGGAGCUGCCUCUUGAGUUGCAGAAGAUUUGUGAUAAAGAAGAGGUGGACAUUAAGGUAGACGAUAAGAAGAACGAGGUGUAUGCUUUGAGGAAGCCACCGUUCCAUCCUUUCUCUGGACAAGGCUACAGAUUAGGAAGUGCCACACCAAGAAUAAUUUCUAAAGUAAAAAGUGAUGUAGAAGAAAUUGAAAAGAAAAAACCAACAGUGGUAUUAAAUCAUUCAGAACCCAUUACUAGUAUCCAGAUCUGGCUAGCAGAUGGAACAAGGAUAGUACAAAACUUUAAUAUUUCUCAUAGAAUAUGGCACGUCAGAGACUUCAUAGCAAAUUACCAAGGACAUCAAGGAAGAAGUCCUUUCACGCUGACCACAUCGCUUCCUUUUCACGAGCUGCUGAACGAAUCUCUCACCUUAGAGGAGGCUAAUUUAAAAAAUGCUGUUGUUGUUCAGAGACUUAAAAAAAAUGGCGAGCCUUUUCAGAGUUUGUCCUAGCAUCCUUUCUGAAGAUUGCCUAAGAUACAUUAGCGGUGGAGUCUUGGAGAAGAAGCAGAUGGUACCCACCAAACAAUUGCUCGGCUGGGUUUGUUUUACCAAAGCUCAGGAGGUGUAUGUAACCCCCAAAAGAAAUCAAUAGCAAUAUUUGUGGUGUGGUGUAUAACAUCUGCAGCGCUUGUUGGAAAAGUCAUAUAGCAUGUGCUGUAUUGACUCCAGUGCAUUCUCUCUCUUUUUCUAUUAAUCAACCUAACUAGAAUAUAACGGGCAAUAAUUCACCAGGCCAGCCAUCUUAAGCUGUGUGUUUUGUCAGCUAGAUAGCUGUGAUAGUCUUGCAAAGGGGCAUUCUAGAGAAACGCCUAGGCUUUUGUUCGCACUUUUAGUUACAAACGGGGAGGGAAAUGCUCCUUGCUUUUUGAAGGUACUGCCAGUUGAUACUAUUCUUGCUUUCUGCUAUAGCCCAAUAUGCUUUAUUGUUUCCUCAGUGCCACAGUGCAAAAUUUAUGGGAGGCUAAUAUUAACAUUUAAAGCUAAAACUAAUUUUAACAUCUGAGGCAGUAGUUUCUAAAUUUUGAAGUAGUUGCUACCUUCCUUGAAAACAUAUCUGCCGAUUCAUGUCUUACAAUGCGAUCCUAUACAUCUCUACUCAGAAGUAAAAGUUCUGCAGGGCUUACACUUACGUGAGUGUAGGACUGCAGCCUUAAUCUUGUAUUGUGCCAUUAGAUCCAUACAUUAUGCUCAGUCUUGAAAAAUUUAUUUGAAACUGAACUCCACUGAUAUCAAUAGAACUUCUGCACUCAUGUGCUUGGGAUAGUAGUUUUAGCUAGUGAGAUGGAAGUAUAUGAGAUGAACAACCAAUUGUCUUGAGAAGUAUGUAUUCAAAAGUUCAGCUGUAAGUUUGCCACAAGUCAGGAAGCUUUGUGGGCACUUUCCCACAACUAAUCACACAUGCAUUAUGAAAUGGUACGUUCUCAUUGUGCGAUCGUACCGUGUCACAACUGAAUAGUCUCACUGAAUAAAAGGAACACGUUUUCACCUUGAA